AGAACUGCUUGGGUUCAUACCCCUCUCUCUCUCUAUAUCGAUUUGGAUCUCCCGCGGCGCCUUCUCCAAAUCUAUCUUCAACCCGAGCCGGGUCUCUCGAGAUCAUUGCUAACUAUCUGUGUAAUCUCACUUCAAAAUCCAAUCUUUGCAGGUGGGAGUGGGACGUGAAUUCAACGUGUAGCGAAACGAAUGCUUCCGUACUAGCAUGCACCCUACUGUAUACGUGCUUAGAGUUUUAGAUUGAUUAGAAGAAGAGAGGAUAUUUAGGAGGAACGCAAGAUGUCUAAUCGUGCGGCGGCGGCGAGAGUAAAGACGGAGACGAUUGCUUCAUGCAUGACCUGCCCACUCUGCAAUAAGCUCUUUAGGGACGCGACCACCAUUAUCGAAUGUCUACAUACUUUUUGCAGGAAAUGCAUAUAUAAGAAGCUUGAUGAUGAGGACCUAGAAUGCUGUCCUAUAUGCGAUAUAGAUUUGGGUUGUGCUCCACUGGAAAAGCUGAGGCCGGACCACAGUCUGCAAGAUGUGAGAGCCAGCAUAUUCCCUUUCAAAAGAAGAAAGGUGAAGGCACCCGAAGUUAUACCUUCGGUUUCAUUACCUGCGAAAAGAAAAGAAAGAUCGCUAUCAUCUCUAGUGGUUAGUACCCCUAGAGUAUCACCAUCAUCACAAAGCCCAUUGACAGGAAAACGUUCCAAAGCUGUUGGUAGAAAGGCAACUUUCUUAACUCAUGACAAAGAUCAUGUUAAGAAAGAGGAGGACUCUACAGAUGAAAAUGAUGAGAGCAGUAGCUCUCCUGAGAUAAGACCAGUGAGAAAAGAAAGAGAAGGCGGUUCUGAAUCGAAGGAAGGAAAAGAUCUUUGGAAGCCUUUGAAUUGUUUGGUAGAAGCUGCAAACAGGAGUAAAUCCACAAAAUAUAUCUCACAAGGGUCUACUGAUAAUAAUAAUAAUAAUAACAGUGAUGGACAAUCUUGGAAAGCUAAAGGCAAGGCUAGUGUAAGUAAUAGUAUAGAUCAUGUGGCUUCGGAAUUGGUACAACCUAAAAAAAUGAGGAAGACUCGCCUCAAAAAGGCGACUGCUGUUGCUGUUGGUAGUUCUGGGGAGCGGUUCAUUUCUCCACAAGAGGUUUUAGAUGCUACUAGUGCAAGAGCUGAAAGAAGAACUGAUCCAAUAUGGUUCUCUUUGGUGGCUGCUGAACACCAGCAAGGCAUUGCACAAUUGCCACAGAUACCUGCCUCCUUCUUAAGAAUCAGGGAUGGGUCAAUGCCCGUUUCUUUUAUCCAGAAGUAUCUCGUAACAAAGCUGAAUCUGACUAGUGAAGAUGAGAUUGAGAUCAAAUGUAUGGGUGAGAGGGUGAUUCCGACAUUACAGCUGAAUCAUUUAGUGGAUUUAUGGCUUCAAAGCACCUCGAUGUCGUCCCAAAAGGUAACAGCAUUGAUUGGUUCGUCGGCCAAGGAAUUCGUCAUGGUCUUAACUUAUGCCCGCAAAGUUCAUCAUCCUUAGAGAGAAACAAUUCUCAACAUUUUUUUUACCUUUAUCAUUACAUAUGGAUCUUUCUUUUUUGUUAAUUUGAUUGAUUGCACAUUAAGUUGAAUGGUUGCUACUGAUGAUCAAAAAAUUGUUUUA